AUGGCCUACCCGUGGACCUUCACCUUCUUCUGUGGUUUGCUGGCAGCCAAGCUGGUAGGAGCCACCCUAAGCCCUCCUGUGGUUCUCAGUCUCAGCGCAGAAGUCAUCAAGCAGAUGCUGACACAGAAACUGGAGAAUCACGAUGUUACCGACACCCUGCAGAAGCUGCCGCUGCUCAGUGCCCUGGAGGAGUCGUCCGGGGGCAUUUCCGGCAACCUGGUGAAAUCCAUCCUGAAGCAAAUCCUCUGGCUGAAAGUCACCUCAGCCAGCAUCCCUCAGCUGCAGGUGCAGCCCCUGGCCGACAGCCGGCAGCUGAUGGUCAAGGCCCCCCUGGAAAUAGUGGCUGGAUUCAACACGCCCCUUUUCAAGACCAUGGUGGAGCUGCACAUGGAGGUGGAGGCCCAAGCCAUCAUCCAUGUGGAGACUAGCGAGAAGGACCACGCCCACCUGGCCCUCAGCGAGUGCUCCAACACCAACGGGAGCCUGCGCAUCAGCCUGGUGCACAAGCUCUCCUUCCUGCUCAACUGCUUAGCCGACAAGGUCAUAAGCUUUCUGACGCCAGCCCUCCCCAAACUGGUGAAAAGCGAGCUGUGUCCUGUGCUCAAGGCGGCCUUUGAGAACAUGCGUGGGGAACUCCUGAACCUGACGAAGGUGCCCAUGUCUCUCAACUCUGAGCACCUGAAGCUUGAUUUUAUUUCUCCUGUCAUCGACCACAGUGUUGUCCACCUCAUCCUGGGGGCCAGGUUGUUCAACUCGGAAGGAAAGGUGACUAAGCUGUUCAGUGUUGCUGGGGAUUCCCUGAAUCUGCCCACCCUGAACCAGACCCCUUUCAGGCUCACCGUGAGGAGGGACGUGGUGGUCACUAUCAUAGCUGCCUUGCUCCAUUCAGGAAAACUCACAGUCCAGUUGGACUAUGUGCUUCCUGAGGUAGCCCGCCAGCUGAGGUCAAGCAUCAAGGUGAUCGACGAAACGGCAGCAAAGCAGCUGGGGCCCACACAGAUCGUGAAGAUCCUGAGUCAGACGGCCCCAGUGCUCAUUCUGGACCAGGGCAAUGCCAAGGUGGCCCAACUGAUCGUGCUGGAAAUAUUCGCCAACGAUAAAGACAGCCGCCCCCUCUUCACCCUGGGCAUCGAAGCCUCCUCGGACCUUCAGUUUCACACCGAAAAUAAUCUACUCGUGCUCAGCUUUAAUGAAAUCAGAGCUGAUCGGAUCCACCUGAUGAACUCAGACAUUGGCGUGUUCAAACCUAAACUUCUGAACAACAUCACCACCGAGAUCCUCACCUCCAUCCUGCUGCCAAACGAGAAUGGCAAAUUAAGAUCUGGGAUCCCAGUGUCAAUGGUGAAAGACUUGGGAUUUAAGUCGUUUUCGUUGUCUCUGACCAAGGAAGCCCUUGUGGUCACCCCAGCCUCCUCUUAGAACCUCGG